UCUAGUCAGUGUAGUUGGAAUAUCCCAGGGGAGAUGACCUAGGUCUUUAAGACACAACUUUAAUAAGGUAUUACUGGAUCCAAUCAGAUAUGGCGAGGUCAAGGGCGAGGGUGUGCGGCUGCUGCGCGCUGAUGCUGCUCUGUGUGGUUGUUGUCAUUGUGUGUGUUGCUGUUUUUGUGAGGCAGAAGUGUCCAAAUGACACUUUCUCUAAAGCAGCAGUGGCUGCAGACUCCAGGACAUGUUCGGAAAUUGGACGGGACAUCCUUCUAAAAGGAGGCUCGGCGGUAGAUGGCGCCAUUGCUGCGUUGCUGUGCACUUCCGUCAUAAACCCCCAGAGCAUGGGCCUCGGAGGAGGGUCCAUAUUCACGCUGAUGGACAGCUCUGGUAACGUUAAAAUAGUCAACUCCAGAGAGACUGUACCCCAGAAGUUUGAUCCUGAUCUGCUGCUAUCAUGUCCCAAGACCUUCCAGAUGAUGACAGGUAGUCACUGGAUUGGAGUCCCAGGAGAACUCCGGGGUUAUGAGAUGGCACACAAGCUUGCUGGAAAGUUGCCGUGGUCAGCCCUCUUUGAACCGACCAUCAGACUGGCCAGAGAAGGGUUUCCUAUCCCUCAGAUCCAAGGUCGAUAUCUCUUUUAUAUCGAUACGAAUGAGACCCAGCAGCUACGGAAGCUAUUCUCAGAUAAGAAUGGGAAGUUGCUGCAGACUGGUGAGAUUGUGAAGUUUGAGAAACUGGCCGACACUUUGGAGGUGAUUGCAAAAAACGGGGCGGAUGCUUUUUACAAUGGCAGCAUAGCAGAGGAUUUAAUCCGAGACAUUCAGGAGGCAGGAGGAACGCUCACGAUGCAGGACUUGGCAGAGUACAGAGUUACAGUGACGGAUGCGUGGGCUGUUCCUUUGGGAGAGUACCAGAUGUACAUUCCCCCACCCCCUGCAGGAGGCAUCAUCCUCAGCCUCGUCCUCAACAUCUUGAAAGGUUAUCAUCUGAAUUCAGCAUCACUGACGGGUGAAAAAAAGACACUGGCCUAUCAUCACUAUAUUGAAGCUUUUAAGUUUGCUAAUGGGCUAAAGAAACACAUCCGGGACCCACAGUUCAGCUCAGUAGAAAUGGCCAAGAAAUUCACAGAAGACAGCUUUGCCAGCGACAUCCGGAGCUUGAUCAGUGACGACAAGACCCAUGAUCCCCAGUAUUACAACAUCACCCCGCAUCUGGACAGCAUGGGCACCACGCAUGUGUCCGUGCUGGCUGAGGACGGAUCUGCUGUGUCUGUCACCAGCACCAUCAACCACAUAUUUGGAUCAAAGAUCUUUUCUCCGAGGACUGGGGUCAUCCUCAACAACGAGCUGUUUGACUUCUGCGGGAGAGUCGAUAACAUCUUUCCUGGGGAGCAGCCUCCCUCCUCCAUGGCCCCUGCUGUGCUGAAGUCUCGGUCGAAGACGCUGGUGAUUGGAUCGACUGGUGGAGGAAUGAUCACGACUGGGAUCGCCUCGGCACUCAUGAACCACCUCUGGUUUGGAAAGAGUCUCAAGGAGGCGAUUGCUUCUCCUGUUGUCUACGUUGACUCUGAAAAUGCAGCAAAGUUUGAGCCCAAAUUUGAUACGGAUGUAAUCGAGGCCCUGAAAGCGAUGGGGCACAAACUAGGCACUACCAGAAAUUUCUACAACGUGGUCAACGCUGUGGAGAAAGAGGACGGCUGUGUCUGUGCUGCGUCUGAUGCCAGGAAAAUGGGUGAAGCAGCUGGUUAUUGAGUUGCAGGGCCGUUGAAGUCGAAAGGCUACGGAGACCUCUCUGCAGCCAGAAAACCACAGACACUGCAAAGGACUGAGUUUUAUUCUGCUGUAAAAUCCCUAAAGAGGGCGAUGGAUUGCUGGCCUCUUCAGUUGAACACUCAGUGACAUGUAGCUUUUACACAUGUGUCUGUAACAUGGACAGGUUGUGGAACUUUUGCUGAGGAAACGUCAGUGACUGUAUCUAAACUCCUGGGAGUCUUUUAGCUUGGUCACAUUUUUAGCACUCCAACUCUUAUCAAUAUUUCCAUCCGUGAACUAUAAAUGCAUAGGUAUUCAAGUUCUAGGGUACUGGAGCUAUUCUCUUGUCUUUAUUUUAAACUGUAUGUGCUGUUUAAGAAAUUUACAUUAAAUAUAUAGGGUUGGAAUAAAGAUGUUAUUUCUUAUAUUCAAAUAAAAAAUGUUCUGUUUUUGAAUGCUUUAUGUACUUUAAUGAAUGCAACGCUAAACACCUGAUAAAGGUUAAACAUUUGUUCUUUAGUCUGUUAUUCUUGGUUUAAAUGAAUCACCUGUCCAAACUUUGAUGGGUAGUUAUAACAGACUGGCUAAAACCUGUUUAUUUAAAGAAACAACUUUAAUCCGUGUAGAGGACACAUGUAUAUCAUGGUACAACAUCCUUAAAUUACAGUGUUUAAAAUGGAUUUCAUAUGUUUCAUGCUGUGAACUUGCAAAGUCACUCAGAGUAAAGGUAAGAAAGGAUGAAGCUGUCAAAUGCAUAAUAUGUGAGGAAUAGAAGGUCAAAAACAAGUAAAUCCUUGUUGUAAUCUAUGACUGACAACUAAAAGCCACAGGUGCUUUUUUUUAGAUGCAUCAAAAAUGAUCCCAUCCCAGACAGUCAAUCGCUGUAACCCGAGGUCAGUUCUAUUGUAAUCAUGUCUGCAAAUCCAUCUAUCUUAGCUAUAAUUUAUUCAGGAACAAUCUGGACAAAUUCUCUUUGCUGUUUUUCAUAAUUUAUUUUUCAUUCUUGUGCAGGAGCAUGCAGCAGCUGGAGAAAGAUAAUCAGAUCAAAUAGCGAGGCACGCAGUAAAGUACAUUCUUGUGGGAAAGUUUGAAAAGAAAAAAGAUCCAGUUCAUGGGAAAUGUCUUCAAUUCAAACAAUAAAGUAUUUUUUGUUUUCCUUUUUUUUAAACUCAAAACCCUGGGAAAUAAAUCUAUCCUGAAACUUAAAGGUCAGAUAAUAAGCUCCUGGUGUUUUUAGGGGCGGACCCUGCUGCAAUGUCACAUGGUAUUUGGACCUCGGGGGGUGUGACAGUCCCACUGUGCCCUGACCUUAAAGGAGACACCUGGUGCAAAUGCCACAUUACCAUGUCUGGCAGCACGAACAAACAGUUGCCAGGAAAGGAUCAUGGGCAGGGCCACUUGUGAUGAGCAUCCUGCCUUUCCGUUGCAAGCGAUGGCAGCUCAUGCCUUUUCCCUGAUAGCACAGAGCGGCUCAGAUGAUCCUCUGGCUCAGAAACAAGUACAGCACUCCAACAACCAAUCCCAAACAGCACGGCUGAGCUGAUUGUUUUUUAUUGCCCUAUUUACAAACUAAUCUGCAUAAACAAAUCCUCAGCUUGUUUGUGUGGGCAGCUGCAGGUUCCGUGCUUGUGACCCAGAUGUUCCAGUACAACUGCUUUUUA